GAAAACAAGAAACACUGAGCGGUAUUUUUUUCUUUUCGUUAGUCAUUUUGCCGCGUUUUGUAUGGCCGCGCCUAAGCACUAACAUGCUUAUUACAGCGCAAUUAAAAACGAUUUAAUUCAUUGUGCAAUGAACGCUUACGGUACGUACAUAAUUUCUAUUAAUACGAGUAAUAUAUUUCGUUAAGACUCGAUGCCAAGGUUAAACAAACUGGAAAAUUCGCAAAACCAUCGACAAAUCAUUACAUUUCUGAGAACGGCGAAGAUUAAACUUUUCAACAGAUUAAUUUCAAAAGAAUCGUUCUCUAAAUGUAGAUUAUAGACUGACGUCGAAUUAAUCAUUGUCGAUCAUUCGUACACGUCGCGUAGCGAAAAUUCUGCAGCGCCAUCUGUCAGAAUCGUUUAAAUUCUUUGUGCAUGUUCUUCCCGUAACCUCAAACAAAUACGUGACAGUUUUAUCGUCGGAGGAAAUUACGUGGUAACAGAGAAAUGUAAUUUUAGUUUAAAUCUUACGGUCAUUGGAUACGAGUGCCUAUAGUUUCCUCGUAUUUUGUAUAAGUAAGGAAUAGCCAAGAAAACGACUCUGUCUUCAGCAUCGAUAACAGCAAAACACGCCUGACAGAAGUUCGAGGACCGAAAAUUCAACGAGAUACAUACUACCUGUUGUUUUCUUAUACGAUGACAGAAUAUUUUUUGUCCAUAACAUUAUAAAAGAUAGUGGUUCACGUUGCGAUCGUUUCAAUUAGAUCAAGAAAAACAGCUCCUCUUCAGCAGGUUAAUGUUUUUCGUUUGUAUGGCUGAAUAGGAUUCGAACGCGUCGAUCCUUCUAAAUUUCGAAAUUCCGUUGUGUUUCCCGUCACGAAAUCUGUUUUAACGUCAUUAAUCGUAAUAGCAAAUUGCCACUUCCAAUCUUGGAAUUCCGAGUUUGAUUUAACCGGUUUUCGACAACAAUUGCCUUAAUUGCGUGUACGAGAUAACAGUCACCCGAGAACGCAAUAAACGAGAAUUUGUAUCAAAGAUCCAGGUGCUAAACAAAUCCAAAUAAGUUCAGUCUCAUCGAUAACCAUAACUCUCCAAAAAGUAAGGGAGUUUUUGAACUUCAGCCAGAAGGAAACAUCGACAUAGAAAUGGAGAAUUCUAUACAGGACAGGUUUUUUAACUUUGUGGACAUUAUAAUUAGAGUUCCACCUCUGUUCGUCAUAGACGAACUGCUCAAAAUUGAAUUUAAAUUGUCACAAGAGACUGUCAGGAGUUACGCCUAUAAAAUAUUUUACCUACAAAAUAUAUUGAAAUUUUUGUGCUGCACUUUAGGAUGCUUUGCCGCGAUAUGUACAUUCAUGUUAUGGACGAAACAUCUGAUAAUCGUGCACCUGUAUUUAAUAUCAAUGGGUGCGAUAAUCCUGUCCAAUUGGUCGAACACAAGUACAAUGAAAGCUAUCAUAGUAUAUGUGACCACGCACGAAAGCAGAACUAGCAUACUGGACGACAUUCUGUCUUUCGAUAUAGAUACGAUUUUGAACGAGGGACCGGGAUUCCUCAUGAUCCAAAACUACAUACUGCAAUGCAUACUGGCAAGCAUUUUUUGCUACACCCACCAGGCUUCUAAGCACCCAAUGUUGCAGAAGUUUUUGGUACUGUCUUUCGUGGCGCCCUCUUUUCUGAGUAUUUAUCCUUUACCGACGCAAGUACUUAAUUAUGCUCCAGUAUUUGCUGCACUGCUCCCAAUGGCGGUCUGCAAUUUCGUGUUCUGGAGCAACGGCGUCUCAAUACUGAAAACAAUCUACAUGGUAUGUCAGCACGCACACACCUUCAUCGACGAUUACGGAUUGUCCGCUCUAGCCGAAACCGAGUGGAUCCGAUUGAACGUACCAUGCGUGUUGCGUACGUUCUGGUUACUGCGCGCAGGUCGACAAGUCAUCCAGAUUCUUGCGAACGAAUACAAUGAAGAGUCAUUUACGUAUUUCAUGAUGAUCAAGAGUCUGCUGGUGAACGGUUGCGACACGUUGACGGCUCUCUUGGGAAUGACCAGUAUAAUCUCGUACAUCAGCUACUACAUAGGUCGGUUCUUCCAGUGGGUAUUGCUCACUGAAGACGAGGGUGAAAACAGCAUCGGCACCGCAUCGGCGAUCUUGUUCUACAUGUUAGCUCUGCAAACGGGGUUGACCAGCUUGGACGAAGAAAGCCGACUGACAAGACUGUGCCGCAACUUGAGCCUGCUGAUGAUCGCGAUACUGCAUUUCGUGCACAACAUCGUGAACCCAUUGCUGAUGUCUCUAAGUGCUUCGCGUAAUCCCGCACUGCACCGGCACAUCAGAGCGCUGGCCGUUUGCGCGUUCCUAAUCCUAUUCCCGAUCUCGUUACUGAUCUACCUAUGGUCCAAUUACACCCUGUGUACAUGGCUGCUGGCCGCGACGAUAUUCAACAUCGAAGUGGUGGUGAAGAUGCUGGUCUCGCUGGCCAUCUACUCGCUGUUCCUGGUCGAUGCGUACCGCAGCGCAUUUUGGGAGCAGCUCGACGACUUCGUCUAUAUCAUACGCUCGUUCGGAAACACUGUCGAGUUCGCGUUCGGCAUUAUACUGUUUUUCAACGGUUUCUGGAUUUUGGUGUUCGAAUCCGGUGGCGGUAUUCGCGCCAUUAUGAUGUGCAUCCACGCAUAUCUAAACAUUUGGUGCGAGGCGAAAGCCGGUUGGCGCGUAUUCAUGAAACGUCGCACCGCAGUCAACAAGAUCAACUCACUGCCUGAGGCGAAAGCCGAACAGCUGCGCAGGCUGGACGACGUUUGCGCGAUUUGUUACCAAGAGCUGCACAGCGCAAAGAUCACCCGGUGUAACCACUUCUUCCACGGCGAUUGCCUGCGCAAAUGGCUCUAUGUACAAGACCGUUGCCCUCUCUGUCAUGAUAUACUGUACAAAGUGGAGAACGUGCAGAACAAAGAAACCGCUGUACAGCAGAUGAACGAGAGCAGGUGAAACGACCUGGCGUAGCCCUAUUGUGAUAUACGAGUAUGAUUGUAUGCAGAGCAGAACUAUUGCGAAUUCGACAAACUUCAAUCGUAAGGCAUUGAUCCUCGAAAAAGUCUUGCCGGGAAAGGUACUUCAUUCCUCUCCUUUCUCUUUCGCUUUCUGCUAAACUAGAGGCCAAGCACCUCGGGACUACGCACUGCUAUUGACAGCUAAAAAGUUGGCAGUCGGAAACUUCGAUCAAUCUCCACUUCAUCUUCGAUGUUCAUCUUCCGUAUUCAACAGUUCUGACACAGGAGAUACAGAAUCUCUACGCGUGUCUGCCCGUUAAGAUUGUCCUAAUCGAUCGGAACCAUCUUCUCAGCUUCCAAUAGCAGCCGAUUGCGAAAUGUCGAAUGAACAACAAUUAUUAUAACAAAACCACGCGUAUAUUCUUCCGUUCCGCAACUUGUACACGCGUGAAGCACACAUCCGAGAGUCUCCUACGGUACCAAAAAAAAAAAAUACGUCUUCGGUUUAGAAUUUCUUCACACGCCCACGCAACCAUGCGUUAUAUUUUUGCAAGCUGCAAGUUUACACCCAAGCUUCCAUCGCGAGAACUUAUUCUUCCAUUGUAAAACCAGCUUUCCUUCUCGUCUUCUCGCGUCUAGGCUCGCUCGACUUGCGAAGCUUGCGCCGCUCUUUCCUGUUAUCCACUAGGAUAACAAAAUCCAGCUGUAUGCGAAAUAACUUACUCUUCAACCUGUUAACCAGUCGACUUUGAUUCGUCUUCGACAGUCGUACAUGGACACCCUGUCGAAGCAUACAGACGAACGAGAUCAAUGAAAUAACUCUUUUUUUUCCUGGUUAACAGAUUGACCCUCCGUAAGACUGCAAAAGUCGCGUCGAUCCCUAGUAGUUAGCGGGUAGCGGUUGUCCUCUUGAUUGGACUGCGGAUUCAAUGCACUUAUGGCAAAAUUGAAUUUGUUCGAACUAUUAAAAAAGGAAUCAUCUUCUAUGGACUUCUUUCCAUUCGGCAUAAAGAUCCGCAGUUUACGAUUCGAUUUCAGGAUCUAUCCGAAUGAUUGUCUCGAACUUCCGUCAUUAUUCCCGUCGCUUCGAGUAUGGUUCACAAGCCAUUGUGAUAGUUAGUUUGUUAAUCGCGGAAAUUAGCAGAAGUCUUCUGCUAUAAUCUAUCGCGCCGGAAACGUACCAUGAUAUAUUUAUUGAUCAGGAUCGAGAAGAAGAACAUCAACCGUAUGUGUAUAUACAUAUAUAUGUAUAUGAUGUAUGAUGUAUGUAUGCAUGUGUAUGUAUGUGUGUGUGUGUGUAUAUACAAUAUGUAUACACACAUACAUAUAUAAAGUUUAAUUUGUUUGACCGAAAGCAUUUCGCCAACAAAUUUUCUGUUACGUUAUAUAAUAUAUGUGCAAUAAAUGUUAUAUUUUUAAA